AGGAGGUGGAGAGGGCCAUGGUGGAGCAGUACGCAGAGAUGCUGGAGAGGGUGACAGACAAAGGCCCCCCACCAGCCAUGGAUGACCUGGAUGACGACUGAAGUCCGGGCUCCCGGGGAUGCCGCGGCUGCAGGAGCCUCCCAACGCGCCAGUAGCACGCACCGAUGGACAGGCAGCGCGGAGAGGGUUUUCCGAGAGAGCAGAGCUGCCUCAGCUUGUGCCCGCUUGUGCAGCGCACCCGACCCCGGGCGGCAGAAGCAGUCCGGUCUGCCGUGCCCGGUUACCCGCGCGGGGCAUGGGGCAAUAAACGUGUACUGCCGCAGUUGUCUGCUGUGCCCGGGAGCCGUCCGUCCCCACGGGAGAGCCGUCCUUCCCCGCCCGGGAGCGGUCCUUCCCCGCCGGCAGCGGGCGCGCGCCGCCGCCGGGAGCGCGCCCGCGCGUCACCCCGCAGGCCCCGCCCGCUCCCGGCGCUGCAGCUGCCGCCACUUGUGCCGUGUCCGUCCCCGGGCGGUCGCGAUGGUGUUCCGGUGCCAGCGGGACAGCUGGGCCCGGCAGUUCGCCACCAGGGUGGUGUCGUGCCAGGCGGCGGAGCUGCGGCCCGAGGGCGGCGGGGAGCCGGUGCGCGGGUUCCAGGUGGUGCUGGAGGACACCAUCCUCUUCCCCGAGGGCGGCGGGCAGCCGGACGAUCGCGGCCUCAUCGGGGACGUGCCGGUGCUGCGCGUGACCCGGCGGGGACCCGAGGCCGUGCACUUCGUGCCGGCCGCGCUGGAGCCCGGCGCCGAGGUGCUGCUGUCGCUGGACUGGGAGCGCCGCUUCGACCACAUGCAGCAGCAUUCAGGACAGCAUCUCAUCACUGCCAUUGCAGAACAGAUGUUUGGAUUCAAGACAACUUCAUGGGAGCUGGGCCGUCAGCGAAGCCUCAUUGAGCUGGACACCCCCUCAGUGACAGCAGAGCAGGUCAAGGCCCUGGAGAGGAGCGUGAAUGAGAAAAUCCGGGACAGGGUCCCUGUGACAGUGAGGGAACUGGCUGCAGGUGACCCUGAAAUUGAAAGAGUGAGGAGCCGGGGGCUGCCCGACGACCACGUGGGGCCAGUGCGUGUUGUGGACAUCGAAGGCAUUGACUCCAACAUGUGCUGUGGGACUCAUGUCUCCAACCUGAGUGACCUGCAGGUUAUUAAACUCCUUGGUGUGGAAAAAGGGAAAAAGAACAAAACCAACUUGAUUUUCUUGGUGGGAAACAGAGUGCUGAAAUCAGUUGAACAAAGUCACAGUACCGAGAAGGCUCUAACCUCCCUGCUCAAAAAUGGACCAGGUGAGCAUGUAGAGGCUGUGAAAAGACUGCAGAGCUCUGUGAAACUGCUCCAGAAGAAUAACCUGAACCUGCUUAGAGACAUUGCUGUUUUGAUAGCUCGGGACUUCAAGAGCAAACCUGCUCCAAGGCAGCUGUUUGUGUUACACAGGAAAGAGGGUGAUUCUGAAUUUAUGAACAUCAUCGCUAAUGAGAUUGGGACAGAGGAAACUCUGCUAUUCCUGACUGUGGGGGAUGAAAAAGAAGCAGGACUCUUCCUUUUAGCUGGACCUGUUGAAGCAGUUGAGAAUUUAGGUCCCAGGGUGGCAGAGCUGCUGGGAGGGAAAGGAGCUGGAAAGCGUGACCGCUUCCAGGGCAAGGCAGCCAAGAUGAGCCGUCGAGGAGAAGUGGAAGCUCUGCUCCAGGAAUUCAUCAGCCAUCGAAGCCCUGAAGUGCAGGCCCUGAAGCUGCUGCAGUCUCAGCUGGAGGAACUAAAUGGUGCUGUGGAGCCACAGUGGGGCACAACAGGUGUUGGUGUUUCUCAUCACUCAGGACAGACGUCCUUCCUCCACCAUCCACAGUCCAUGCCACAGCCCUGCACCCAGGAGCUGAUCCUGCAUCCCACAGCACAGGCCAGCAGAACACUCGAACUCACCAGCUAAACACACCUUCAGCUUUAAUAAAAUACCUCCUGUGCACAGCCA